CAUCCAUACGCGCUCUAUCAUCAUCAUCGCUCUUCUCUUCUCCCUUCUCUUCUAAACGUCUAGACAUUGCACGCCGAGCCCUUCAACGGGCAUCGACCAGGCGCUGCGUUAGUCCUACUCAUGACGUCUCCCACUCCGCCACCAGGCGGCUCGCGACCCUCGUCAAUCGUAUCCGCUGGCUCGGACGGGAGAGAUCGUCCCCGCGCGCCGCUAGGCCCGCGUACGCCGCAGCGGCAGGGCAGCUUGCGCACACAUUACACCGUCACCCCCGCCGCGACAGCCUCUCCUUCCGCCUCACAAUCACCUGUGGCGGAGGAUACAGUGGCGAUGCCGGCGUCCGCAACCGUACCCAUUCCAGAGGUCGCCGACGAGCCCAUGCCAUCCUCACCGAUCCACUCUACGUCACCCAAGGUGCAGACCUCGCUUCCUUCAGCGUCAGAAGCCCCCAAGUCACUCCCUCCUCCCCUUCCCCCCCGCACCAUUCCGCGCCUGCCCUCCCAUCAGCCCCUCGCAACCGAAGGCGCCACGUCCACUUCUUCAGAUGUCACAAAGGAUCUCAGUCCAACAACAUCCACCAGAACCAAGGUCGAGGUCAUGAGCGCCGUGCAGAGCGAGCACGGUGAGCAAGAAGCUCUGCCGAGCUACAGUCGCGGCGAUGGGUAUCGCAGCCCGGAGGCUGUCUAUGAGCUCGUCGAUGGCAACGAAGGUGCAAUGCCUCCUGAUAUCCUUGACGUGACAUGGGGGGACGACAAAUGGGAGGGCAAGGGAGAGCACCCCGAGCGCCCCCAGAUCGGCCCAGGUCGCCUCGCGCUCCGCUUCAUCGAUGACAUCCAUCCACACCCGCUCGCGCGGCCUGACAUUAUCGCCCUCCCCUUCACCAGCAGGUCGCCAUUUUCGUCCCCUGUUACCUCGAUAUCCUCCCUUGACCGCGACCACGAACCACACACUACGCCCAGCAUAACAAUCGAGGAUGUGUAUGACGUUCUUCCCGGCGGCGCCGAACAGCGUGGAGAGUGGUACUUCUGCGCCGAGUGCUUUGGGUGGUUCCACAUUGUGAUCGGCUCAGGUGAGCCGCCCCAGUACCGUGGGUACGACAGUCGCAUCCCGCGCCCGCUCCAACGCGAGACGGACGAAGAAGAACUUCAAGCAUGGGGAAUGGAAAACUCGCGCUUACGCGACAUCCAGCUCAGCCGUUCCUCAGCACCUCACCCCAUGACUCACUUCCACACCUUCGAGCGCCUCCUUGACCCGCUCGAGGAGGUCCGCAUUCCUCGAGUGGUAGUCGAUGGGCUCGUCGAGACCUUCUCCCACCUCGACCCUGUAUAUGGCGUCGUGCCCUCGCAGCUCGUCGAUCCCCAGUUGGGCCGCGUGAACAAGAGCGAACUUCACGUGUCUUGUUCAACAGACUGCUGGAUUGCGGUGCAAGGCCCCGUCGGCGGACAACUCCCCAAGGCUCUCGCCCACGAGUGGACGCAGCAGAAGCGCGACAACCCAGUUCCUGGCGUGGACGGUGUCUCAUCAGCGAUUGAGGCUUGGAUGCUCGUUCUCAGGCUUCUUCAGAACCCCCUGUUUCAGGACAAGCGAGGCUGGAUCAAGAUGUCGAAUCCGAAGUUCUUCUCAGUUAUCGGCCCAAGCCUCAGGUCCUCCAUUCUGUUGCACCGAAUAGGAUUCAGCUGCAGCACUAGCGACGAUGGCUAUCAGGUCGGUCCCUUCUCCGUGGGCGACCUUGUCUCCGCCGAGGAUGUCGACCAGAUGUACAAGUACAUGCUGCGAACGUGGGUUGAGAUCAGCCUCUACCUCCAGGCACUUCAGGAUCGCAAUGGCAAGGUGAUGAGCGAUAAUUUCGUUGCCGCAACAUCCCUCCGCGAGAUUUUGACUCCUCUUCUACAGCUGGACCUUGUCUCAAAGACUCCGCUUCCAUGGGGUCAGCAGUGGUACUCGGCACUCGACGUGCUCGGCGUGACGCCUUAUGACACCAUAGGAACCAUCGACAAAGCGUACGACUUUCAGAUAUCUGAUGACCAGGCGCACUCUGCGACGUACUUCACAGCACUGGAGCGGAUGUCGAACGUCAACCGCCCUGAUGUGGAGGUUCUACGUCUCAAAGUUGCCUUGGAGCGUUCAAUGGACCGCUAUACCCUCGACGAGCUGGACAGUGCAUACGCUCGCAUCGGCAUCGACAAAGCUCAUAUCGAGACCAUCAUGGUCGCACGCAGCGACUUGCCUGCCGAGUAUAUAUACGACCGCCAUCGCGAGACAAUACAAAAUGCAUCCAACCCCGAACAGCGCAAGCACAUCUCCGAUGCCCUCGUCUUGGUUGGCAAGGAUCGCAACGACAUCGCCAUGCAGACUCUGGGCCGCAACGGUGACACGCAUCUCUCGCUCGAGCAGGCGUAUCGCGAGUUCAACAUCACCUCAGAUCAGCCUAUUGAUAACGAGAUGCUCAUCCUACAAUACGAAACGUGGAUCGCUGAUAGACCAAGUCGUAAAGACCACUACCGCCAAGCUCUCAGUCUUAUCGCAAAUGCACCGGGUCAGGAGCGGCCAGCCAUCCAGGCGUUUCUGGAAGGCAAAGAUAUCUCAGAGUUCCAAGGCCCCGUGCGCCGCGAUAUCCCUGCCGGGCUGCGCAACAUUGGCAAUACUUGCUACCUGAACUCCGUGUUUCAGUUUCUCUACGCUGUCAAGCCGAUCCGCGACGCGGUACUCGCUUUCAAGGAGGUGCCGAAUGAGGCGGCGACGGCGACCACGAAUGGAGACCUCAAGGAAACGGAGAAGCUAAUCAAGGCCCAGUCAUCACGACGCUUUGUCGAAAUGCUCAAGGAGCUAUUCAGCGAAAUGUACGAGACCGAACUCGCGGCUGUCACUCCAGCAGAGGAACUUGCUCGUUUAGCGAUCCUCCCGAUCGAAUUGGUCGAGCAGCGCCGAGACCCGCCCGAGACUGAUUCCGCAAAGUCAAACGUGAAAGCAGACACCCAGCAAUCAGCAUUACGAAUCUCACAGCUUGCUUCGCCUUCCUCUUCUGGUGUGGUGACGCCAGCAGACUCUGUGCCGGCCACACCCGUGUCGCCCUUCUCUCCCACAAUUUCAUCCACCGGGAUAUCGCCUACGCAUGAAAGGCCAUCGCCUCCGGCACGUAAAGCUAGUGUCCUCGGCAAGAGGGCGAGUGAAGACCGCGAGUCUACAUUCGGAGGCAGCGAGGAGAGAUUGCGGACAUCGAUGAAUCGCAGCAGCAACCUAAUGGAGGUCGAGUCUCCGACACAGGUGGCGUCCUCCUUACCAAGUAUGGCGACUGAGGAUGACGUGGACAUGAAGGGCGAAGACCUGCCCACAUGUGAGGGCAGCGAUCUGUCCCCCGCGGACGCUGGCAUGUCCGGCCUGGGGCUCACGUCGCCACAUGACAGCAUGACAGGCCCGGCGACGCCGAGGACGAGCGCUCCGGCGUUUCCUACGCCAGAGGCUACGCCGCCCCGCGCGAUUGGUCCUCAACUGCCUGGCAAGGAUGACAUGACCAUGACAGACGCCUUGCGCACAAGCCCUCCUCCCCUACCUCCGCGCCGCCGCUCGAUGGGACUGAUGGCUGCUGAGAAAUUCGGUCUUCAGCAGGAUGCGGCCGAGAUCUUAAUCAAUGUCCUCAGCCAGCUGGAGUACGCUUUCGACAAUGGCGAGGGCGGUAACCUUAUCAAGAGCCUUUUUUCAGCCAAGUUCCGGCAACAGAUGCUUCUGACCUCCGCGGACGGAGUGACCGAGUCGCAUCCUCCUGUCGAGAGCCAGUUCUCGCAUCCUAUUAUUGGCGUGGAGGAAGACGACAAAGACCUGUAUGACGGUCUGGCUGAGCUGUACCUCGGAGGUGAUGAGGUCGACUACGAUGGCAAGAAGGGGUACAAAAUGGACUUGUUGGACGAGCUUCCGCCCGUGCUGUACAUUCUAAUGCGUCGCAGCCAGUACGACUUUGCGCGCAACCGGCAAAUCAAGACGAACACGCACAUCAAGUUUGGCGAAACACUCACGAUGGAUCGCUUCAUGGCGGGUGCCGAUGCGGCGCGACGUGAGGCGAGCAUCGCCCUCACGCGCAAGAUGAUGCGCAUGCGCGCACGCCGGCACGAGCUGCGGCACCACAAGCCUUGUUCUAUCCCCGACACAUUCCGCGUUGUGCGCGACGCUCUGGGCAGCGCCAAGCUCAGCAGCUUGCUUGGUGACGACGCCCCGUCAAUGUCGUUUAUCGAAGCACUUGGCUCGCAGGUAGGGCGCACUGAAGAGGAGAUCGCCCAGCUCGGUCGCGAACUUGCCGAGUGCAAGGAGCAGCUUGAGAAGAUGUGGGCGGACGCGCAUGAUGUCGAGUACGAGCUGGUGAGCGUGUUUGUGCACGGCGGCACAGGCACGGGUGGGCACUACUGGACGUACCAGUCGGCGCAGGAUGGCCGGUACUUUUACUAUUCGGACGACACGGUCAAGGACGUGCCGUCGGCCGAGGUGUUCCAGGACAAGUCGGCACAGGGCGUGUCUCCGGCGCUGUUGGUGUAUGUGCGGAAGGGACAAGGCCUGGUGGACACGCUGCACCGGCUGGGGGCGGAGGAGGCGGCGGCGUGUGGAGGAAUGAGUGAGUCGGGGACGACGGGGAAGCAGAGCGAGGAGGAUGAGCGCCGGGAGGAGAGUGGUGGACAGAAGGGCAGCGCGGGCAGCGCGGGCAGCGCGGGCAGCGCGGGCAGCACUGGGAACUGGGGACAGCAGGCGUUGGCGAUGCUCACGUCGUCGCCGGAGCGGGAUACAUCGCCUCGGGUCAAGUUUGCUGUUCCGGCGGUGACUGCGCCGCUGUGGGGAGCGGGAGAGUGGAUGCAUUAAGUCUGCAGCAUAUUAUAGACGGAUGGCAGUAGCUCAUUCAUGUGACAAGUUGAUGGGG